AUGCUUACAGGGAUGAAAGGAUGCAGUAGCAUCUAUUUAAUUGCCUUUCUGUUAAUUCCUCAAAUCUACGCUGCUGCCGACAAGACUCUCUUUGAUGACAAGGAUGAUGUGAUUAUUUACAAGGAAAAUGACUAUCAGCACGAGCUGUACGGUGGAAUCAGAGCUCACACAUUCCUUCUUUACUCUAGUUGGUGUGGACAUUGUCAGAGAUUUGCUCCUGCCUACAAGAGACUUGCUGAAGCUAUAAAAACAUGGUCAGACGUUGUUCCUGUUGCUGGAGUUGACUGUGUGUUUGAUGUUACAGUUUGUAGAUUGUUUGAUGUCAAAGGUUAUCCGACUCUCAAAUUCAUAGGGCCAACAACAAACCAAUCAGAUGUUGGAGUAACUUAUGAUGGCGAUCGCUCUCAAGAAUCCAUGAUCGAAUUUAUCAUCAAGAACUUGGCAGCAGUUAAGGAUCCUCCCCGGAGGUGGCCGAAUCUUCACCCGGUAACAGUAGAAGAAGCAAAGAACUACACAUCAAGUGCUGAAGUGAAAAAACCUAAAAUAGUUCUCUUUGUCGACGAAGAAAGAGUUGGUCAGCGAGUAAUGCUUGAUCUACAGAAGUCUGAUUUGAGGUUUGCUAUGGUCAACUCUGCAGCUAGUGAGGAACUCGGGGCUAAAGCUGCUGGAAUCGGCGUUCUUUCUGAAAACGGGCAAGUGUCUCACAUUGCUCACGUUGAUACUGAUCCCACAAAACUUGAAGAAGCAAUAAACCGUAUCCUCGGUGAUAGCUCCUCAGCUGAAGUAGAUUCUGACGGCGGCAAGGAGGGUGAAAAUGAAAAGGGUAUUAUAGAGUUUAUAGACACCUCACUGCAGUACAAUAACUACGAACUGGACAUGCAAAGCUCUAUAAACACCGCACUCUACAUGGAGGUUGGUCUAAAGACAGACUUCACUGAAAAGGAGCUGCAGGAUCUGAAGAACUUCAUCUCAGUAGUUAGGAGAUGUGGUAGCUGGACCCUCGACUACAAGAAGCAACUUGCUAGGGUAAAGAAUGGUUUAGAAGAUAAAGAAAGUCUGACCAACAAGGAAUGGGCAACUAUUCUAGAAGGUGCAACAGAAGCAGGCUUCCCCAGGAACAGCACAUUUCUGGGCUGCAAGGGCAGUACUCCCAACACUAGAGGUUACACUUGUGGACUCUGGAUCUUAUUUCACACAAUGUUAACCAGUUGUUACAAUGCAGCACCCGGGUCAGUGUCAGUGUUACACGCUAUACACGGCUUUGUGGACUCAUUCUUUACCUGUUCAUACUGUAGGGACCACUUCUUAUCCAUGGCAGAGCAGAUGAAGCUCCUCAGUAUUGAGGAGGACCAAACUGCUGUUCUAGCGCUUUGGGAGGCUCACAACCAAGUAAACCACCGCCUCAGCACUGAGAUACACGAUCCUUACUUCCCUAAGAUCCAGUAUCCGCCCCGCUCACUUUGCGCCAAAUGUUCUGACGAUGAUGGACAGUUUGACUCGGAUCAAGUGUUUGGUUUUCUGAUGAGACACUUCCGGAGAGUUCAGACACCGUUCGGGAGGAUGAGGGUUACUGCAAAGAGAAAAAAUAAAAAACCAAAGAAGGGGAAAAAAGGAAAAAAGAAGGGCUAAUAAAUUAGCUAAGAUGUAGUGUAUAUUAGUUUUUGUACGGGCAUAUUUUUUUUAUACUGGCAUAUUGGGCAUUUGACUUGUGAAUGUCCUUUAACAAAUGUAUUGUUUAUUUAGCUCAAUUGACGAGUCCUGAGUAGCAGAAAUUUAUUUCUUUUUCUUUUUAGUCUUCGAAUUAUAUGAUUUUUGUAACUUUUUUAAACUUGUAUUAAACGUUGGGGUGUAAUAUAAAUUAGGUUUUUGUUAUUAAAUUGAAUGUUAUUUGCAACAUAUUUCGGUUAUUCAUCUA